GUUAUGAAAGCUGUAGCUCACGCUGUGCAGCAGGUUUAAUUGCUCUGGUGAGAGACCCUGCAGUGUUUUCUGUUUUGAAACAUGUGACCAGGGGGGCUCGCUAAGUUACGCAACACCGUGCCCUACCACACCAGACUCUGGUGCUUCCCAUUAGACUGUCAAUGGGCUUGGCUGACAUGCUGGGGAAAAACUGAAGGAGGUCAAAGACACCGGCCGAGCUGUGGCAGGUGUGUGGAAAGAAGACUGCAGGCACAGGGAUGUGGUUUUGAGUUGAUGGGAGUUUCAGAGAAGAUGUUUAACUGGGACGAGGAGUGGAACAUUUCUUUUGCAGGAUGUGGAUUCAGGAGUGUUUACUACCUGGGAGCUCUGAGCUGUAUCCUUGAAUGGGCCCCUCAGCUGGUCCACGGAGCCUCAAAGAUCGGCGGAGCCUCUUCUGGCUGUUUGGUGGCUGUAGCUUUAGCUGUUGGGAUUCCUAUUGGUGAGUUUACUGCUGAUAUUAAUCAGGAUUUUCAUGAUGAGGAUGAUACUGGUUAGAUUGAUUUUGGUGAUUUAAAACACUGAGAAAGUAAUGCUUUUAUUCCCCCCACGUGUGUUGCCUCCAGCUCUGCAUGUCAUUCCUCCCUGCUGCUGUCAGACUCCACAACUGAAACCUCAGUGUGCAAUAAAUUAUAUUACAUUUAUAUUCUGUACACAUGUAAAUAAGAUUCAUGUACAUAACUUUUCUUAACUUGAAGUUUCUUUAUCCUUUAAUUUCUCUUUUUGAAUCUGUAUUUACGCUGCUGUAACUUUGGAAUUUUCCACCGUGGGAUGAUUAAAGGAAUAUCUUAUCUUAUCUUAUUUUAUGUCGGCACCUGUGCCCCAGUGGACUUGAAGCAGUUUGUGGCUCUUGUUCAUCUUGUUUCCUCAAAACCUUCUUUUAUUAAAGUUUUUAUUGGGUACUUGGAUGGGAGUUAUUAAAGGCCAAAAACAGACUUCCUUUUCUGUCACAGCAAAUGACCUUGGUCAAUUAGUAGAGAAAUGAAAUAAAGGAUAACUUAUAGAAAAAUAAUGAUCAGUUGUUAUGUACCAGUGUUUUCCAACUGUUGCAUAAAGUAAAUAUCACCCAGGAGGUCAGCUGUUGUUCUGAACAUCAGCCGGGCUGUGAUUGCGCCAUUAUACAGCACAGCAGAACCUCCUCUUAUUGUUUAAAAUCACUUAAAGCUCCACUGAAGAGUUUUUUAUCUGGAUAUAAACUAGAUUAAAGUUAAUUGUGACCAACACAAACAAAUGAGACCAUCCCCAUAAGGACAGAUACUCUAAUUUGUAGGUACUGGUCAUUGUAAUUAAGCUGAUGCCUGAUAUUUUCCACUGUUAAAGUGAUGAUAAUUUAUAUUACAGUUCUUCAAUAAGAAACAAUUAAUUGUUAAUAACACCUGUGAAAUGCUUAUAAAUAUUAAGACUUGCUUAUAAAUGCUAAUAAAUGCAUAAUUAAUACAUUUAUAAUUGCUUAUAAGACACUUAUGAGCUCUAGUUAGGAACCGACAGGUGUUAAAAACAUCAAUUAGAUCUUCAUUAACAUUAAUUAGACUAUAUAAAGGUUUAUUACUAAUUAAUUAACAUAUUUAUUAUUAGCUUGUAACUUACUUCUGGGGGACUUAUUACCAAUUGCAGUAUAAAGAUGCCUUUUAAACUUUAAUCAGGUGUUUAUUAACAUUAAUUUAACUGUUUAAGCUUUUAACUGGAAUCUUAGCUAACAUUUAUUAUUCUGUAAAACCUGCUAACUGUUAAGUAAAGUUUGCUGUUAUAACGUACUGUUAAUAAUGUCUAAUAACCAAUAACAAAAGUGUAAAUUAUGUAAAUAUUAAUUCUUGCUUUUGUUUAUAAGCAUCUUUUAAGUGUCAAAAGUGGCUUAUUACAUACUAAUUAAUGCUUAUUAUAAGAACCUUAACAUAAAGCGUUACCAAAACAUAAUAUUUACUAGUGUAGGGGGGAAAAAAUCAUCAAAAGAAAUGAUUUUGUCCACAGGGGACGCCAACAUCAACACAAACAAAAAGUUCCUGAUACGAUCUUUAACUUUGAAGGCUGCAGUGUUGUUGUUUUUUUGUGCUGGCAGCGUCCGUGACCUCAGUUUCAGCGCCCUCUUUGACAGAGUUUGUUGUUUACUGCCCGGUUAUUGAAGGCACUUGAAGUCAAAGAAGAGUCAAAAUAAAUAAAUGACGUAAAUUUUGUUGGUAGGAGCUGUGGACCUGGGAAAUGAAGCUCGGAUUAAUUAUAAUAAGUUAUAAUAAGUUAUUUUCAAUUCCAUCUGGUUAGUGAUCACGAAUUGAGAUUAAACAUAGAAGAGUCCCAGAAGGUGAAUCAUUGAUUAUUUGUAUUUUUUAAUUUCCCACCUUCAGGUCUGUGCCGGGCAUGUUGCUGCAAUCGCCUUUGUUUACAUUGGAAAACAGUUACUCUUGGCUGUUCAAAUACAGAAAGCUGGAGCCUUUGUAAGACAACACCAUCUUACGCAGCAGAUCAGCAAAGAGACACAUGAACCACUUUGUCAACAACGAUCACUAGGAUCAAUAUCAGGGUCACUGGGUUCUUCACAGAUGUUUUAAAUGUGGCAAAAGUCACACUGUUGUCAUGUGAUUUCUUAUUUGUCUCGUACUGAUCACUCCGGUGUCUUAAAGUAAAACUCUGAGGGUUUCAUGUUUGUUUUUGAUGUCCUUACACCUUAUGUCUGACAUGUUUACUCAAAAUUUUCAUUGAACUCUUUUUUGUAUUUCAUAAAGGUCAGAGAUAAGUUAUCUGUGAACAAGCACUGUCAGUGAUAGUAAAAGUAAACCCUGUAGCUGGAAUGUUCACCGACACACAAGUAGCUCAUGUAAUCGUGAGAGCAAAUUCCAGAGGUCACUGAGGGUCAAGUGCAGAGUGGGGCCAAACAAGGGGAAACGCCUGUCACCUACUCUCUCUGUUUUUCCCUCGAUCGCUCGCUGAAAACAUACAGACGUGAGAAGAAAAAGCUAAUCUUUGAUACCUUUGUAAGAGAUCAGUUAUGACAGUGGAUGGGUGGUUAUGGAAAUUAGAAACUGAACCGAGUGGGCAGCCUCUGACGUGAAGUGGAUCCUCGUCUAACCUUGGAGAGAUUCUUUUGGCAUAAACACGUUUCCUACUCAAUACCUGCCAAACAACGUAGCCCUUUCAUUCCUGACACCACAAAUUAUUUUACUUACCUGGUUACAUGUUAUUGAAAAGUACAAAAAUUAAUUGUUACUAAAUAAUGAGCCAGUAACUACUAGUUAACCAUUAGUUAAUGGGAGGAAAGUGAGUAACUCCAAUAAACUCUGCAGAGAAAGUAACGAAGUGAGAAUUUAUACUGAGUUAAUUAUCUUAAUUUACUCAAUCCCAAGUAAUAGUUACUCAUUUUAUGUCCCCCAUAACAAAUUUCAGCUUCAUGAUGGGUAGUUGCUCAUUUUCUUACUCAUUGCUUUGUCAUUAUUCUCUCCACAGAGGAGUUCUGCGUUGACGUUCUGGCCACGGCUAAAAAGGCCAGGAAACACACUCUGGGAGUUUUCCACCCAACCUUCAGUCUGCUGCGGACGGCCAAGGAGUUCCUGCAGCAGAAGCUUCCAGAAGAUGCUCACCUUAAGGCCUCUGGAAAGCUCUGCGUGUCCCUCACCAGGAUGUCUGACUUGGAGAAUGUUUUGGUGUCACAGUUCGACAGCAGAGAGGAGCUCAUCCAGGUGAGAAGAAACUCUGCUGGAGGUGAGUCACUGAAGUUCUGACAGAGUCUGAUAUGUUCAGUUCUGUUCGUGUUCUGCAGGUCCUCGAGUGCAGCUGCUUCUUCCCUUUUUACAGCGCUGUCAUCCCACCGUCAUACCGUGGAGUGGUGAGUAGAUAUAUCCUCCUUACAGUAGAAACCUGACCUGACCUGCCUUUUCACUUUGUGGUUACUGAAUCUUCUCAGUACUACAUGGAUGGAGCCCUGAGCAACAACAUGCCCCUCUUCGAGCACAGAAACACCAUCACCAUGGCCCCGUUCUCAGGCGAGAGCGACAUCUGCCCCAAAGAGGGGACGUUCAACUUCUUUGAGGCGACUUUUGGAAACGUCAGCAUCCAGGUCAACACUGGCAACGUGCACCGAGUCUGCACGUCAUUUCUACCUCCAAAACCUGAGGUGAGUAAAAGUAGUUAACUCCACUUCCUCAUCUUCACGACAAAACCCGAGGAACCCCUUCAACAAUAUUUUUUUUUCCUCUUGAAGAAGCUGGCUGAGAUCUGCCACAACGGCUACAUGGACGCUCUUCGGUUCCUUGGAGAAAGAGGUGAGCCCCUCCACCUUCACUCUCCUCUCCAGUCUGUGAUUUGUCAAAAUCUGCUUCAAGUCAACCACCUGUGACAGAUCUGCUUGGAUCACAGCGUCCUCAGCCCAGUUUGGAGGCAGAGAUGGAUGCAGUAAAACCUGCUUGUUGUGAGCUGGCCGAGUCGAAGAAGACGGUGAUGAACGGACGAAACCUUCACCGGGAAGAUCAUGAAUGGCUGGACCUCAGAGUCAUUGAGAACCUUCCUGUUGGCUUCAAGAAAGGUGAGGCGGACAACAGGAUUUAAUGAGAGGCUAGACGUCAACUUAAAAGUAUGAUCAGGAUAAUUUAGAGGUUAAAGAUUAUGGUUUGAGCUUCCUGUUCAAGAAGCAUUUAAAUGUGGUCAAAUAUCCCUCAAUGUUUCCUCAUUUGCUCAUUAAGGAGAGAGAGAGAGAUCUCAGAUAAUGAGCAAACUUUAGAGGACCUAAAACAGAGCCCUGAGGGACGCCACACGACAGAGUUUGGACUGACGAAACAAACUAAGAGUGAAAUGUUUCUGUUAGUGCUGUGUGAGGCGUGCAGAGACGGUCGUGACGGCAGCUCUCGGUGGUCUCGGCUCUCUGACUUCCUCCCCGUGAGGGUGUUUCUGUGUCUGCUGACGCUGCUGGUGCUUCCCAUCGAGCUGCUGCUCCUACUCACCAAAAGGUAACGAUGAAGUCAGAGAGGAGGACGAUAACAGGCAGUAAUGAUCUGCUGAUUUUCCACUGAUGAAACUUGUUUUUAUUGUGACAGAGUGUUGUCGUUAGGCGGCACGUUGGUUUGCAGACUGCUGAUGUUUGACAAAGAUGUGAGCGAGCGGAUAUGGAGCUCCAGAGGAGAAGAUCCAAACAGGUAAGAGAACCCAGGAAAUCUAUAUUUGGAUUUCUUUAAACCUUAUGAUUCUUGAAUUUUUUAUUCUGUGUCCUGAUCUUUUUUUUCUCCUGCAGCGUCUCGAACUCAAACCUCUGGACUCAGGCAGGAGGAGACAAAAACACAGAACUUUUGACCUCAAAUUUAAACAAAACUCCUCACAUGGAUGACAACCGCAACCUGGACCAGUUCUCCUUCGCUCCUACCUCUGCGGGACCAUCCGACCCCCUGACACCGAAUGGAUCUGCCUUUAAAUCACAGAAGUUACGAGUCGUGCAGCAGGGGAGGAAGACCGGGUUUUAAAAGUCUGGAAAUGUUACACUCUCAUGAACUCUUUAUCAUAUCCAUACGUCUGUAUUUAUCGUCUCUGAGCCUCUUUGGUUCAAAUGUUUCUGUCUCUCAAAUCAUUCCAGAGAUCAUUUAAUUUAUCUAUAUUUAAUAUCUAUAUUCUAUAUCUCUAGCCUUUAAAAUGUUGGUUGCACAGUCUGAUAGUGCUGUUACAAAAAAAAUUGAAGUCUAGGUUGAUAGAAUAAAAAAAUCACUGAACUCUUGUAAAGUUUUUUUAUAUCCAUAAACUUAUAGAAAAGUUUUGGGGCCUUCCUGCUGUUUCUAUGUACUUAAAUGUAAAACUGUAUCUCAGAUAUCAUCUGAAUAUCAUACAGAGGGUUAAUAUUUUUAUAGUCAGAUUUAAAGAGAUGAACUUUUAUAUAUUCUUUACAUAUUAAAUGUUUUAUUUAAUCAA